UCUCCCAGCAACAAGUGACUCAAAACACUGGUGCCUGGUAGAAAUAACCCUGAUAGUCUCACAAUUGCUGUCAUUUCCUGGGAGCCCAGCGUGUGCAGAGCUUUCUGCCAGGUGCCGGAAGUAUCACGCUUCAUAUAACCGAAUUCUCACCGCCUGCCCACAGAUAUUUCGGGCACUCUAUUACUGUCCCCAUUUUAAAGACAAGAAAGUGAGGCACAGAAAGAGGAUGUGACUCACCCAGGGCCUCAGGGCUGGUCAUUUCUGCACGGGGAAGUCCACCAUGGCCUCAGACCACCAGACUCAAGUGGGCAAGCAGCAGCCCCUCAACCCCAAGAUCAUCAUCUUUGAGCAGGAGAACUUCCAGGGCCACUCUCAUGAGCUCAGUGGGCCCUGCCCCAACCUGAAGGAGACUGGUGUGGAGAAGGCAGGCUCUGUCCUGGUGCAGUCUGGACCCUGGGUGGGCUAUGAACAAGCCAACUGCAAGGGUGAGCAGUUUGUGUUUGAGAAGGGUGAGUACCCUCGCUGGGACUCAUGGACCAGCAGCCGCAGGACAGACUCCCUCAGCUCUCUGAGACCCGUCAAAGUGGACAGCCAAGAGCACAAGAUCAUCCUCUAUGAGAACCCCAACUUCACAGGGAAGAAGAUGGAGGUCAUUGAUGAUGAUGUGCCCAGCUUCCAUGCCCAUGGCUACCAGGAGAAGGUGUCGUCUGUGCGGGUGCAGAGUGGCACGUGGGUUGGUUAUCAGUACCCUGGCUACCGCGGGCUGCAGUACCUGCUGGAGAAGGGAGACUACAAGGACAGCGCUGACUUCGGGGCCCCCCACCCCCAGGUGCAGUCUGUGCGCCGCAUCCGUGACAUGCAAUGGCACCAGCGAGGCGCCUUCCACCCUUCCAACUAGUGCCCCCCAGGGGCCGGGUCUGCUGCCCAGGAUUCUUCCCCAGACCCCGCAGCAUAUGAAUAAAGUGUGACUUGCAACUUGCCUGCUACAGUGUCUUUUAUCCCCCGUGAGAGGUGGAGCGGGGUGUGUG